AUGAUUAGGGUCUGGCAAAACAAGUCUGAUACAGAGGAUGCUCCCUUUUAACAUAAUUAUCUUCCCACACUCGGAUUGAAUCUAGUGAAGAAGGAAUUCGCUUAUCAAGGACAGUAAAUUAAAUUAUGUCUUUGGGAUACAGCUGGAUAGGAUAAAUAUUUUAGUCUCACAAAAAAUUAUUUUUAAAGAGCUGAUGGAGUCAUAAUGGUAUUUGACAUUGCAGAUAAAGACAGUUUCAAUCGCAUUAGCGAUUACUGGAUUAAACAAGUCUAAGAAUGUUCAAAAGCAAACUCGUAAACUAUUCUGGUUGGCAAUAAAAUAGAUUUGUGCGAAAAACGAUAAGUUAAAUUCCUUGAAGUCUAGGAAUUCUCAUAGAAAUACAAACUGCCUUAUUUCGAAGUCAGUGCAAAGACUGGAGAAGGAGUGCAAGAGGCAUUUAACUUUCUAUCGCGAAAAUGUACGGAAUGCAUUGAAACAGAAGUGAAUGAAGUGCAACAUUUAUAAAUAGAUACUGAUAACAAAAAACGGGGAUUUCAAGGAUGUGUUAACACUAUUAUGGUAUUUGUGCAAUUUAUAAUAGAGCAUUUGGAAGAAAUGAUUAUUUUACAUUUAAUAAUGUCAAUGAAAAAAACACCCAAUCAAUCCUCAGGUAUCCCAUCUCAUAAUUCUAUUUAAAAAGGUCCCAAGUUCAUUAAGGAUGUUACUAACAAAUCUAGAUCUGAGCAUAAUCAAUCUUUUGAUGCAACCUAUAGCAAAAAUUACGCUCCCACCUUCAGCAAUCAAAGCAGACUCAAAAGCUACAGUCAAUAGGCAAAUUUCUUGGAUGAUUUGGAAGAAGAAUAGUAUCCAAAUUAAAUUAAUGUUGCAAUUCAAAAAAGACCAUUUGAAUUAGCAUUAUAGAAUGAACUUCAAAAAAUGCUAUCUAAAAUCAUUCAGGGAUAACAUCUGUCAAUUGAAGAUUGCUAAUCAAUUAUUAGAGCAAUUGAUGAAUGCAUUUAAGAGAGUUUGCAAACUUUGAGAUUGAAAGAUGCUGAAGUUCAAAAUGUCAAACAAACAUACGAAUUGAAAAUACAUCAAUACGAAAACACCAUUUUGGCAUUGGAAAAUGAAGUUCAAGAACUUAAACAUAUGAUUACCUUAAAUCCCAACGAUUCGAUUAAUUUCAAAUUAUAAUAGUUGGAAUAGGAAAAUGAAAUGCUUAAACUAUAGAAUCAACAAGCCAUUAAAUUGGCUGUGUAAGGAAGAACUAAGAAACAGGAAAAGGAACUCUAUGAGGCCAUGAAUAGUAGCAAAUCAAAACAAAAAGCUUAAGUCAAUAAUUAUUCAAUCUUGCUAAACUAGCAAUAAUAAUAAAAUUUAUUAAUAAGAUAAGAAGAUUAAAUCAUAGUUAUUUUGAUUCUUAUUAUUUUUCAUAUAUUCAAUUAAUUUUAGUACGAGUCAAUUAAUUUGAGUAAAAAUUCUUUGAUUUUUAUGAUCUUGAAUUUUGAUUCAAUCUUUAACUUUAAUAUUCAACGACCUAAGCAGGUUAUUCGUAAGAUUAGUUUUCAUCAGAGUCAAUAUCUAAUGGAGUCUUUGUAAAAUAUACCUAAAUUAGUGCUGAUUUCAUGA